CAGUUUUGGGGCCAAGUCGUGUCCAGGUCCAUCAAACAACAAAUAUAUAAUAUCGACUACUGGUUACUUAACUAUAUAGAGGAUCAGUAUAUUAUCUAGAGUAUUGUAUUUAAUUGAUCUUUAUUGUUCAAAUCUCCAAGUAUGGGUAAGGCAGUAUCUAAAUUAUCAAAGGAUGACUUAAAGUCACUAAGGCAGGCAACUUAUUUUGAUAAACGAGAAUUGCAACAAUGGUAUAAGGGAUUUAUAAGAGAUUGUCCAUCGGGUCAAUUAUCUGAAGAAGAAUUUUCUAAAGUAUUUAGACAAUUCUUCCCAUUUGGAGAUCCUACUGAUUAUUGUCGAUUUUUAUUUCAAGUAUUUGAUAUUGAUAAUUCAAAAUAUAUUGAUUUUAAAGAAUUUAUAAUAGCAUUAUCAAUAACGACACGAGGGUCAGAAGAUCAGAAAUUGAAUUGGAGUUUUAAAUUAUAUGAUCAUAGACGAGUUGGGAAAAUAUCUUAUCAAGAUAUGUUAGCCGUUGUAUCAGCAAUAUAUAAAAUGGUAGGUUCAAUGGUGGCAUUACCAGAUGAUGAAAAGACUCCUGAACUACGAACUGAAAAAUUCUUUUCAAUGCUACAUAAAGAUAAAGAUAAUGAUUUCAUAACUUUGGCUGAUUUUAAGGAAUUACUGAAACGAGAUCCUUCUAUUGCUAAUGCAUUAAGUGCUUAUGAAGGAUUAGUAUGACUUGUAAUGAUACACCUUUUUCUUUCUCUAUGUAUACGUAUAUAUAUCCAUCUAUCCAUCCAUCCAUCCAUCCAUCCAUCCAUCCAU